AUGGUGAAGUCCCCACUGAACCGGGAGCUGGUUGCCACCUAUGAAGUCACUCUCUCAGUGAUCGACAAUGCCAGUGACCUACCAGAGCGCUCUGUCAGCGUGCCAAACGCCAAGCUGACCGUCAACAUCCUGGACGUCAAUGACAAUACGCCCCAGUUCAAGCCCUUCGGGAUCACCUAUUACACGGAGCGGAUUCUGGAGGGGGCCACCCCAGGCACCACACUCAUUGCCGUGGCAGCUGUGGACCCCGACAAGGGCCUCAAUGGGCUGAUCACCUACACUCUGCUGGACCUGACGCCCCCAGGCUAUGUCCAGCUGGAAGACUCCUCAGCAGGGAAAGUCAUUGCCAACCGGACAGUGGACUACGAAGAAGUACACUGGCUCAACUUUACCGUGAGGGCCUCAGACAACGGGUCUCCGCCCCGGGCAGCUGAGAUCCCUGUCUACCUGGAGAUCGUGGACAUCAAUGACAACAACCCCAUCUUUGACCAGCCUUCCUACCAGGAGGCCGUCUUUGAGGAUGUGCCUGUGGGCACGGUCAUCCUGACAGUCGCUGCGACUGAUGCCGACUCAGGCAACUUUGCCCUCCUUGAGUACAGCCUGGGGGAUGGAGAGGGCAAGUUUGCCAUCAACCCCGCUACGGGUGACAUCUAUGUGCUGUCCUCUCUGGACCGGGAGAAGAAGGACCACUAUAUUCUGACUGCCUUGGCCAAAGACAACCCUGGAGAUAUAGCCAGCAACCGCCGAGAAAAUUCGGUGCAGGUGGUGAUCCAGGUGCUAGACGUCAAUGACUGCAGGCCACAGUUCUCCAAGCCCCAGUUCAGCACAAGCGUGUAUGAGAAUGAGCCGGCAGGCACCUCAGUCAUCACCAUGAUGGCCACCGACCAGGAUGAGGGUUCCAAUGGGGAGCUGGCCUACUCACUUGAGGGCCCUGGCGUGGAGGCCUUCCACGUGGACAUAGACUCAGGCCUGGUGACCACAAAGCGGCCACUGCAGUCCUACGAGAGGUUCAACCUGACCGUGGUGGCCACGGAUGGCGGACAGCCUCCACUCUGGGGCACCACCAUGCUCCUGGUGGAGGUCAUCGACGUCAAUGAUAACCGCCCCGUCUUCGUGCGCCCGCCCAACGGCACGGUCCUCCACAUCAGAGAGGAGAUCCCGCUGCGCUCCAAUGUAUAUGAGGUCUAUGCCACAGACAAGGACGAGGGCCUCAACGGGGCCGUGCGCUACAGCUUUCUGAAGACGGCCGGCAACCGGGACUGGGAGUACUUCACCAUCGACCCCAUAAGCGGCCUCAUCCAGACCGCUCAGCGCCUGGACCGCGAGAAACAGGCUGUGUACAGCCUCAUCCUGGUGGCCAGCGACUUGGGCCAGCCAGUGCCAUACGAGACCAUGCAGCCCCUGCAAGUGGCCCUGGAGGACAUCGACGACAACGAACCUCUCUUUGUGAGGCCCCCGAAAGGCAGCCCCCAGUACCAGUUGCUGACAGUGCCUGAGCACUCGCCACGUGGCACCCUCGUGGGCAACGUGACAGGCGCCGUGGAUGCGGACGAGGGCCCCAACGCCAUCGUGUACUACUUCAUUGCAGCCGGCAACGAAGAGAAGAACUUCCAUCUGCAGCCUGAUGGGCAUCUGCUGGUGCUGCGGGACCUGGACCGGGAGCGUGAAGCCGUCUUCUCCUUCAUCGUCAAGGCCUCGAGCAAUCGCAGCUGGACACCUCCCCGUGGGCCCUCCCCAGCCCUCGAUGUGGUCACUGACCUCACCCUGCAGGAGGUGCGCGUCGUGCUAGAAGACAUCAACGACCAGCCCCCGCGCUUCACCAAGGCUGAGUACACUGCAGGAGUGGCCACCGAUGCCAAGGUGGGCUCAGAGUUGAUCCAGGUGCUGGCCCUGGACGCAGACGUUGGCAACAACAGCCUGGUCUUCUACAGCAUCCUGGCCAUCCACUACUUCCGGGCCCUUGCCAAUGACUCUGAGGACGUGGGCCAGGUCUUCACCAUGGGGAGUGUGGAUGGCAUCCUGCGUACCUUUGACCUCUUCAUGGCCUACAGCCCUGGCUACUUUGUGGUGGACAUUGUGGCCCGGGACCUCGCAGGCCACAAUGACACGGCCAUCAUCGGCAUCUAUAUCCUGAGGGAUGACCAGCGUGUUAAGAUCGUCAUUAACGAGAUCCCCGACCGCGUGCGUGGCUUUGAGGAAGAGUUCAUCCGCCUGCUCUCCAAUAUCACCGGUGCCAUUGUCAACACUGAUGACGUGCAGUUCCAUGUGGACAAGAAGGGUCGGGUGAACUUCGCACAGACAGAGCUGCUCAUCCACGUGGUGAAUCGUGACACCAACCGCAUCCUGGACGUGGACCGGGUGAUCCAGAUGAUUGACGAGAACAAGGAGCAGCUGCGGAACCUCUUCCGGAACUACAAUGUCCUGGACGUGCAGCCUGCCAUCUCUGCCCGCUUGCCCGACGACAUGUCCGCCCUGCAGAUGGCGAUCAUUGUCUUGGCCAUUCUCCUCUUCCUGGCUGCCAUGCUGUUCAUCCUCAUGAACUGGUACUACAGGACCGUACACAAGAGGAAGCUCAAAGCCAUUGUGGCUGGCUCGGCAGGAAAUCGUGGUUUCAUUGACAUCAUGGACAUGCCCAACACCAACAAGUAUUCCUUCGACGGGGCCAACCCCGUGUGGCUGGAUCCUUUCUGCCGGAACCUGGAGCUGGCCGCCCAGGCUGAGCAUGAGGACGACCUGCCGGAGAACCUGAGUGAGAUCGCAGACCUAUGGAAUAGCCCCACCCGCACCCAUGGAACUUUUGGGCGUGAACCAGCAGCAGUCAAGCCUGAUGAUGACCGGUACCUGCGGGCAGCCAUCCAAGAGUACGACAACAUUGCCAAGCUGGGCCAGAUCAUUCGGGAGGGACCCAUCAAGGGAUCGCUGCUCAAGGUGGUCCUGGAGGAUUACCUGCGGCUCAAAAAGCUCUUUGCACAGCGGAUGGUGCAAAAAGCCUCCUCCUGCCAUUCCUCCAUCUCUGAGCUGAUCCAGACUGAGCUGGAGGAGGAGCCAGGGGAGCACAGCCCCGGUCAGGGCAGCCUGCGCUUCCGCCAUAAGCCGCCGACAGAGCUCAAGGGGCCUGACGGGAUCCACGCGGUGCACGGCAGCACGGGCACUCUGCUGGCCACUGACCUUAACAGCCUGCCCGAGGACGACCAGAAGGGCCUGGGUCGCUCACUGGAGACGCUGACCACAGCUGAAGCCAGUGCCUUUGAGCGCAACGCCCGCACAGAGUCGGCCAAAUCUACACCCCUGCACAAGCUUCGUGAUGUGAUCCUGGAGAGCCCCCUGGAGAUCACAGAGCUAUGA